GGUGUAUCCAGACUGACUGAGAGUGCAGAUUAUACACUUUUCACUGCCUAGCAUUGGAGUAUGGCAGUACCACCCCCAGAUCCAAAGUUUGAUCUUCGUGGAAUCUGUGCUGAGGUGAACUGUCUGCAUUUCAGUUGCAAGGCCCAAGUUCCGUGUUUACCACUCCUCUUUUCAGGAGCUUCAAGUGGACUGAUCCAUGCCUGGAAUCUUAAUACACGAAGAGUGGAGUCUGCUCUUGAUGGUCACCUAGGGAAAUCAAUAUUAUGGCUCCAUACUCUACAUGACAGAGAUUUGCUUCUAAGCCAGGGCCGAGACCAGCAAGUGCACACAUGGAACCUAGCAGAGGGAAGGAAUGAGGUGAUAGAAUCUAUCAGUUUAGAGUGCGUUGGUUUCUGUAAAUGCUCACUGCUGAAGACCAGUUGCUGCCUCUUAGCACUACCAACUGGAGAGAGCGCUAAGAUUGAUGUUUUGGAUCUACAUUCUAAGAAGAGAGUCAGUUCAGUCAUCCCUAAUUCAGACAGCAGAUGGGGGAUGGCUAUGUGCAUGAAGCUUUGGGAGCCUGAAUCAGGGUCUAGCCCUUUGCUUCUUGUUGGCUAUGAGGAUGGCUCAGUGGUCUUGUGGAAUGUUUUGGAACACAAAUUUCUGAGCAGACUGGUUUGCCACAAGGAGCCUGUUAUGAGCCUUGACUUUGACUCCGAAAAAGCCAGAGGGGCCUCUGGAUCCUCAGAGAAAAUACUUAGUGUCUGGAGCCUUGACGAACAGCAGAACCUUAAGGCUUACACAACACAAGAAAUCAUUAAUCCAGGAGUUGCUGAUGUUGUCCUGCGGCAAGACAGAAAGAUUUUGGCUACAGCUGGCUGGGACCAUCGUGUUCGGAUAUUUGGAUGGAAGAAAAUGAAGCCAUUAGCUGUCCUGCAAUACCACUCAGCAACAGUACAUUGUGUGUCCUUUUCCGACCAUGCCAAUCCUACAGACAGACUGGUUGCAGCUGGAUCAAAAGACCAACGUAUAAGUUUAUGGUCCAUAUAUUAACACAUUUAAUAAAAAUAAAAUAAAGUGUUUUUAUUUAUGCUUUUUUUGUUAAAAUGGAUUAAAUCAUCAAUUUAAAAUGCUUUUGCAUAAAAAAAAAAGAAGCAGUUUUAGAGACUUUGUAUUAUAUUUGUAUUUUUUUUUUUUAUAAAUAAAUGCUCUUUCCUUUUGUGGUA